UAUGCCUUUUUUUUGUUUGUUUUUGUUUAAAUAAAACUAGUUGACGAAUAAAUGAAGAGAAAAUUGCAGCAAUAAGAAUGAGAGUCUAAGUUUUCCCAUGGAAUGCUGGUAAGGAAGAUUGAUCCUAACAAAAUUGCAGGUUGGUCCCAUGAUCAUCUCUGCUUAUUUCUGAUCUUGGACCAAAUGUUACCUGUACACAGAGCAAAAUGUAGCCCUCAGUUGCAAAUUCAACAUUCCAUGUCUGGAUGGAGACUCCAUCCAUCGUAUACUGCAAAAAUGGUGGCAGCAUCUGGUCAACUUGCGGUAUAAAAAAAAACAGGGACGGUAUGGGUCAUAAUGUGGGAUUGUAUUUAUAUAUAUUAUGCACGUUGGAAAACAGGAAAGAAUAUAUAAAAACGUUAGUGCAGAUCAAAAUGAGAGAUCUUCGGCAGAGAAUGCGAGAUGAUGCUGCCUAAAUGACGAAGUCAACUGAUCACAUCUGGUUGAAUGGAUCUGGAGAAACACAUUACAAAGUCAUCUGCUAGCUCAAAAGCUACAGUGCAUUGGGUCAUCAUCGAUCUCCAUCCAGCCAAAGAACAGAAAAAAAAUGGAUAGCAGCAGCCACCUUCCCCUGUUCUUCACGUUCCUUUUCAUCACCAUCUCCAUCAUCUUUAUACUCCUCAAACUAUGGAAGGCAGUCUCGAAGCAGCAUGAGGGUGUGGUGCUUCUUCCCCCAGGGCCUAGAAAGCUUCCGAUCAUAGGAAACCUGCACCAACUAUCCGGCUCCAAGCUUCCCCACCACCGGAUGCUGGAAUUGGCCAAUGCACACGGUCCUCUGAUGCACCUCCAGCUCGGUCAACUACAAACCAUCAUCGUUUCCUCAGCGGAGAUGGCCAAACAAGUUUUCAAGACACACGACCUCACCUUUUCUAACCGACCAUCUCUCCUCGCAGUAGACAUCAUCGCCUGCAACCGCAACCUCGGGUUCGCGCCCUACGGUGAGUAUUGGCGGCAACUCAGGAAGCUGUGCGUGUUGGAGCUGCUAAGUGCCAAGAGAGUCCAUUCUUUCGGCCCCAUCAGGGAACAAGAAGUGUCCCGUUUGGUCGCUGACAUUUGCUGCAAACAAGGCUCGGCGAUCAACGUUAGCAGGAUGAUUUUCUCACUGACAUAUAGGAUCACAUCAAGGGCUGCAUUUGGGAAACUGUAUAAGAAGCUGGAGUCAUCAUUCAUACAGUUGACCACGGAAAUUAGCGAUGCUACGAGUGGAUUUGCUGUUGCUGAUUUGUUCCCAUCUUUCGAAUUCCUUCAGCUGAUCACUGGGAUUAGGUCCAGAUUGCAGAGAUUGAAGCAAAAAUCUGACAGAAUACUCCAUAUCAUAAUAGAUGAACAUAUAGCAGCAGCAGCAACAAAAGCAGACAAAGGUGAAAAGGAGGUAGUAGAUGAUCUUGUGGAUGUUUUGUUGAAGGUUCAGCAAAAUGGAGACCUUGGAUUCACAUUAACUAUUGAAAGUAUAACAGCAGUACUCCUGGACCUUUUCCUUGCAGGAAGUGAGACUUCAUCGACAGCACUGGAAUGGACAAUGUCAGAGCUGGUUAGAGAUGAAAGAGUGAUGAAGAAGGCACAAACCGAGGUUAGGGCAGUGUUUGGGAAAAGAGGGAAGGUUGGAGAAACAGAGAUUCAUGAAUUGAAUUACCUGAAGAUGGUUAUCAAAGAAAGCCUUAGGCUACACCCUCCGCUGCCUCUCCUAGUCCCAAGAGAGUCCCUGGAGCAAUGCGAGAUGGAAGGGUUUACAAUCCCGGAGAAGACAAAGGUGAUAGUGAAUGCAUGGGCCAUUGGGAGGGAUCCAAAGUGCUGGAGUGAACCCGAGAGAUUCUACCCAGAGAGGUUCAUGGAUAGCAGAACUGCUGAUUACAAGGGGAAUGAUUUCGAGUUCAUUCCGUUUGGUGCUGGAAGAAGGAUCUGUCCUGGAAUCUCAUUCGGUGUAUCUAGCGUCGAGACUGCGCUUGCUAAUUUGCUGUUCCAUUUUGAUUGGAAGCUUCCUGGAGGGGUGAAGCCUGAAAGCCUGGACAUGGAUGAACUAUUUGGUCUUGGGGUACGGAGGAAAAAUGAUCUGCACUUGAUUCCAACAAUUUGGCAGGCAUAAUCCCUUUUCUGCUGCAGAUAAUCAGAAGUGAUGGAACAUUAUCAUGGUAGCAAGAUCUUCCAAAUAAAGAGAUAAAAAUCAGCCGAAGCAGCAAUUAGAUGAGAGUCUAAGCACUAAACUGAUGAUAUCCUACUGUUUCAAUAGUACCAUCCCAUCUAUUUUUUAUUUAGUUUAAAUGUACUGGUAGAAGACUUUCUACACCCUCUUGCCUCAGAGACUAGCUAGAUCUCAACCUCACAAUACCUAGUCCUCUUUGUUGUUGCUGUCAUCUCUUAUGAACUCACAAGCUUUUAGGAGUCUCUGCAAAGAGAGAAAUAGUCAGUACGGCCAAUCACUUGCAGUAAAUAUAAUAGCAUGAGUAGCAUCUAGAAGUAGACAGAGGUAACGCAAAUCCAUCAUCGCCACAGAGCUAGGAAUGCACCUUGCUAAUAGGGAUGGGUGAGGCUAACUGCUUCAGAGGAUGAGAGUCUAAGCUGAUGGUGAAUGAUGCUAGUGAGGCAUGCUAUCCUACUCUAUCAGCAGAACGCCUGAACCUUCGUAUCUCUUUUUGUUUGUUUGUUUGUUUAAUAAAACUAGUUGACGAAU